UACUUGCUAAUGAUUUGGAACACGGAGAAGCAAAGCUUCCCCCUCUAAAAAUGCUACCUGGAAGUGAUAUAAACUUCCCUCAUGUAUUUGUAGCAGAUGAGGCAUUUCCCCUCAAAUCUUAUCUUAUGAGACCGUACCCACGUUCGGCAUUGCAAGAUAAACAACGAGUCUUUAAUUACAGGCUCUCUCGUGCGCGAAGAGUCAUAGAAAAUACUUUCGGUAUUCUCGUAUCUCGAUGGCGCAUUCUCAGAAGACCUAUAUGCCACUAUCCUCAUAAUGUAGAAGUUAUAAUUCAAGCAUUAGUGUGUCUACACAAUUUUAUAAUGACAGAGCAAAGUAAGGAUACAUUCCAGCGUCGUAACUACUGUCCUUCUACUUAUGUAGACCAUGACAAUGAAAAUGGGGACAUAAUUCCUGGAGCUUGGAGGAUUGAAGAAAAUCAAAGAGGACUGCAAAGAAUUAAACGAACUGGUUCUAAUAAUCCAGCUAGAAAAGCCGCUCAGUUCCGGGAUACGCUUUGUGACUAUUUUAUAUCAGAAGCUGGUGAAGAAGCUACUCCUUGGCAGUAUGAGCAAGCAUUUCGUGGGUUUUUUUAGAAAUAAAAUUUGUCAUAUAAGAUUAAUAAAUAUAAUAA